UACUAUAAGUGCUGAGUCGCGCCUCCCAAUCUCCUGCUCAUCUCAUCUCUCUCUCUCUCUCUCUCUCUCUCUCAGUUUCCGCAUCAACACGUUCUGUGCCGCUGCUGAUGUCCCAUUCUCGCAGGGUCUUUAAUCCUGAUUCUACUUGAACGUCAGAUCUGCUGUGGUAACAGUAAAGAUGGAUUCUUUUCACAAAUUGAAGAUCUGGGCCUUGCUUGUUUUCUUGGCGAUUUUUCAACUUGGGCAUGGGUUUUAUCUCCCUGGUAGUUACCCUCACAAAUAUGCAGUGGGUGAUUACUUGAAUGUGAAGGUGAAUUCUCUGACCUCAAUCGACACUGAGAUGCCCUUUAGCUAUUAUAGUCUGCCGUUCUGUCAGCCAAAAGAGGGUAUUAAGGACAGUGCCGAAAAUCUGGGUGAGCUCCUUAUGGGUGAUAGGAUUGAGAAUUCCCCCUAUAGGUUCAAGAUGUACACGAACGAGACUGAGGUUUUUCUGUGCCAAACUAAGCCUUUGUCAGGUGAGGAGUUUAAGCUUUUGAAGAAGAGGAUUGAUGAGAUGUAUCAGGUGAAUGUGAUACUGGAUAACUUGCCUGCGAUCCGGUAUACUAAGAAAGAUGGGUUUAUGAUGAGGUGGACGGGUUACCCUGUCGGUGUUAAGGUGCAGAAUGGUUAUUAUAUAUUUAAUCACUUGAAGUUUACAGUUCUUGUUCAUAAGUACGAGGAGACGAACGUGGCUCGUGUCAUGGGUACCGGGGAUGCUGCUGAAGUAAUUCCUACUGUUGGAAGUGCAGGGUCAGAUGCACCUGGAUACAUGGUUGUGGGGUUUGAGGUAGUGCCUUGUAGCUUCCAGCACAAUGCGGACUCUGUAAAGAAAUUGAAUAUGUACGAUAAGUACCCGGCUCGGAUUAACUGUGAUCCAGGCACAGUGGCGAUGGCUAUUAAGGAGAAUGAGCCAUUGACUUUCUCAUAUGAGGUCUCCUUUGUGGAGAGGGACAUCAAAUGGCCAUCGAGGUGGGAUGCAUAUUUGAAGAUGGAGGGAGCAAAAGUACACUGGUUUUCAAUUUUGAAUUCUCUUAUGGUGAUCACUUUCUUGGCUGGAAUAGUGCUUGUGAUCUUUUUGAGGACUGUCAGGCGGGAUCUUACUCGGUAUGAGGAGCUUGACAAGGAAGCUCAAGCCCAGAUGAACGAGGAGUUGUCGGGAUGGAAACUCGUUGUGGGUGAUGUUUUCCGUGCUCCUACUAAUCCAGCACUCUUGUGCGUAAUGGUUGGAGAUGGAGUUCAGAUUCUCGGGAUGGCUCUUGUGACAAUUCUAUUUGCUGCCCUUGGAUUUAUGUCACCAGCAUCCCGUGGAACUCUGGUAACAGGUAUGCUGUUUUUCUACAUGAUUCUUGGAAUUGCAGCUGGAUAUGUUGCUGUUCGGUUGUGGAGGACUAUCUUCUGUGGGAAUCACAAGGGAUGGGUUGGAGUCUCAUGGAAAGUGGCUUGCUUCUUCCCUGGUAUAGCCUUUGUAAUUCUCACCACUUUGAAUUUCUUAUUGUGGGGUAGUCACAGCACGGGAGCUAUUCCCUUUUCAUUGUUUGUCGUUCUCAUUUUGCUGUGGUUCUGCAUCUCCGUUCCCCUCACCCUUGUUGGUGGUUACUUUGGUGCAAAGGCACCUCAUAUCGAAUAUCCUGUUCGAACUAAUCAAAUUCCACGAGAAAUUCCACCUCAAAAGUACCCGUCUUGGCUUCUGGUUCUUGGGGCCGGUACCCUUCCCUUUGGGACUCUCUUUAUUGAGCUCUUCUUUAUCAUGUCCAGUCUCUGGAUGGGUCGUGUAUACUACGUCUUUGGGUUCCUCUUAAUCGUUCUGCUGCUUUUGGUGGUCGUUUGUGCUGAGGUAUCCCUUGUUCUCACUUACAUGCACCUCUGCGUGGAGGACUGGAGAUGGUGGUGGAAAUCUUUCUUUGCUUCUGGUUCUGUUGCCAUAUACAUCUUCCUGUACUCCGUCAAUUAUCUAAUAUUCGAUCUCAAGAGUUUGAGCGGCCCUGUCUCUGCAACCCUCUACCUUGGUUACUCCCUCUUCAUGGUUCUAGCAAUUAUGCUCGCCACUGGUACGGUUGGGUUCCUUUCAUCAUUCUGGUUCGUGCAUUACCUGUUUUCAUCCGUGAAGCUAGACUAAAACAACUCUGGCCUUCAAAAGCCAAAUGCAGCAGAGAAUGGUAACAAGCAUUGGGCGACUAGGAAGCAACUCUUGAAAUUUGCUCUUAGUUUCUUGUUUUGGAUGUCCUCUUCCUAGAGAAUUUAGAUCCCACAAAAAUAACCCUAUGAAGUUCUGCAAUUCUUUGUUAGUCUUAUAAGUGGCAGAAUGUUUGCUGGACAAGAUGUAGUUAUGAGAGUUUACUGUGCACCAUUGGGCGUUAAUAUCAUGAACUAGUCUGCAUUCUGUUGUUUA